AUGGGCAGCAAAACCUUGCCAGCGCCAGUGCCCAUUCAUCCAUCCCUGCAGCUCACCAACUACUCCUUCCUUCAGGCGGUGAAUGGCCUGCCCACGGUGCCCUCGGACCACCUGCCUAAUCUGUACGGUUUCAGCGCACUGCACGCUGUGCACCUGCACCAGUGGACGCUGGGCUACCCUGCCAUGCACUUGCCGCGCUCCUCGUUCUCCAAAGUCCCGGGCGCCGUGUCCAGCCUCGUGGACACACGCUUCCAGCUGCCCGCCUUUCCCUGGUUUCCCCACGUAAUCCAGCCUAAGCCUGAGAUCACCGUUGGAGGCAGUGGCCCCUCUGUGCUCAAGACCAAGCCACGCUUUGAUUUUGCCAACCUGGCCUUAGCUGCCACGCAGGAAGAUCCAUCCAAGCUUGGCCGGGGGGAAGGUCCUGGCUCCCCCACUGGUGGGCUGGGUGCCCUCCUGGAUGUAACCAAGCUGUCCCCGGAAAAGAAGCCCACGAGGGGACGCCUGCCUUCCAAGACCAAGAAGGAGUUCGUCUGCAAGUUCUGUGGCCGCCACUUCACUAAGUCCUACAACCUCCUUAUCCAUGAGCGGACGCACACAGAUGAGCGGCCCUACACGUGUGACAUCUGCCACAAAGCCUUCCGGAGGCAAGACCACCUACGGGACCACAGAUACAUUCACUCCAAAGAGAAGCCUUUCAAGUGUCAAGAGUGUGGGAAAGGAUUCUGCCAGUCCAGGACUCUCGCUGUCCACAAGACGCUACACUCACAGGUGAAGGAGCUCAAAACCUCCAAGAUCAAAUGCUAA